GUACUGGCACUUAUUGUUAGCCGUGCGCAGUUCACGACGUGUGUAAAAUGUGCUCGCAUGAUGACGGUGAUCGCGCGAGCCACGACCUGAGCCACCUGGUUCCGUUCGCGAUCCACUUCGAUUCGGUCCGACAGAUCGGACUUAGUAUAGCCACAAGACCAUGGCUUUGGCUGAUAAUUUCCCUGUGCCUAAAUCUCAUCUGCGGCUUCGGGCUGAUACUGUGGAGAGAGGAGAUCGACGAAGUCGAACUCUACAUGCCAGUCGAUUCUAUAUUUCGCAAGGAUGCCGCGUGGGUGAAGGAGUAUUUCCGAGACGAUCUCAGGCACGAAAGUCUCAUCGUCACUGCCCCCAACGUGCUGGACCCCGAAGUGCUGCGAUCGAUUAGAGAUAUCGAGAGAGACGUGAAGAAUAUAGUGAUAAAUAAUAAUACUUGGGAAGACGUGUGUGCUGGAUAUUUUACGUGGUUUCAAAAAGAUGACAAGUGGGAAACCAUGGAUAAAACUGAGUUUCCCGAAGAAUAUCUGCCUAUUAUAAAUAGUACGAUGGCGAAGGAACCCUGUAUUCAUAAGUCGGUCCUGAAGAUAUGGCAGAAGGACCGUAGGAAUAUCGAUAAAUUAACGAAGAUCAGGAUACUGAAAGAUGUUACCGCGACUUUACAAAAUAAGAAUACUAAAGACAUAUUAUCUGACAUCGCACCGUUAUUGGGCGGCGUCGAAUACGACCAGAAGGGGAGGGUGAAGAGCGCUAGCGCGACAAUUCUAUACUGGUUGCUGAAGAAGUCCAAUUCGCAUUCACCUGAUUGGGAGGUCGAGUUCAUCGAGAGGGUACUGCACCCGAAUCGUACCCUGCCGCCGGGCAUGGAGAUGUAUGCGGUGACGCUACGCAGUUAUCAGGACAUGCUGCACGAAGUGGUCAACAGUAACAUGACUGUGUUAUUCUGCGGGAUGUCACUGAUCACUAUCUACGUGAUUGUGAUGAUUGGCAGGUGCAACGCGAUGCAGCAACGGAUAUACCUAUCCCUCAUAGGUAUCUCUGUGGUUGGCCAGGCUAUCCUGUCGUCUUAUGGAUUGUGCUAUUACAUGGGAUUCUUCUACGGUCCAGUGCAUCCGAUCCUGCCGUUUCUACUGCUUGGUAUUGGCGUCGACGACAUGUUUAUUAUCAUGCAAAGUCUCGAAACUACGUCAGAGACGGAGAAGUCUUUAGACAUCCCCGCCCGUAUAGCAAAGUCCAUUCAAGUAUCAGGUAUGUCCAUCACUGUUACGUCGCUCACCAACAUGGUGGCCUUCGCAAUUGGUAUGACGACGGUGAUGCCGUUCCUGAAGUCCUUUUGUAUUUUCGCCGCAAUGGGUAUAUUAUUCCUUUAUAUCUACGAGAUCACAUUUUUCGUCAGCUGUCUGGUGUACGACGAGAGGCGAUUGGCGGCGAAACGGGAGGGUUGCUGUUGCCAGCCGCGACCCAAUUGGCGCCCGAACGAAUGCAGCAAGCAAAACUUUCAGCGAUACGUUUUUGAGAAAUACGUCGGGCCUUGUGUGAUGCGAACAUCGGUGAAGGCGAUCAUCUUGUUAGUCACCGCUGUCCUACUAGGUGUUAACGUGUGGGCGAUAUUUCACUUGAACCAGAACUUCGAUCCGCUCGUCUAUUUAAAUCAGGAGUCCUAUCCCAUACGAUUUAACAACAAGUUGAAGGAAUAUUUUCCCAAGUACGGCAAGAAUGUCAACAUAUACCUGACGGGAGUGGACUAUUACGAGGAUCGUGACGCAUUGUUCCAGAUGGUGGAGAAUCUGAAGCAAAAUCCGUAUGUCAACAAUCGUACUCUGGACCCAUGGUUCAUGGCGUAUCAGGAAUGGCUGAACACUACUGGCAAAUUGCGUUAUAUCGAAGAUAAAGACGAGUACUAUAACACGCUUACGGAAUUCCUCAUGUUCACGGUGAAGGGCCAGGCGUACAUCCAGAACAUGAAAUUUAACAAGUUGCCGUUUAACGACUACAAUAUCACGACAUCGCAGAUUCCAGUGCAACACAUUCCCAUAAGCACAUCGUCCGAUCAAAUACGGGCUAUGCAAUCUAUCAGGGACGCCGUGAACUCUGUGAACUUUACUCAGGGAUACGAUCACCUCGCGAUUUAUUCGUUGGAUUACAUAGCGUGGGCGUCGAACAAGAUCAUCGGCGAAGAACUGAUAAGGAACUUGAGCUUAGAGAUAUUGGCGGUAGCGGUCGUAACGUUGGUGCUACUUAGGAAUCUACUCGCAUCAUUUUGGGUGAUGUGCUGCGUGCUGUUCACGCUAAUCGAUCUUUUGGGCUCGAUGUACUUUUUGGGACUGACCAUCGAAAUGUCGUCGACCAUUAUGAUUCUAUUGUGCGCCGGAUUGGCAGUCGAUUACGCCGCGCAUGUGGCAUUGGAAUUUAUACGCACGAGCGGCAGCAAGCACGAACGGGCACUGGCGACGUUCAACGUCAUUGGACCGGCGGUGUUUAACGGUGGCAUGAGUACAUUCCUCGCAUUCGUCCUGCUAGGUUUCAGCCAGGCUUACGUUUUCACGACUUUUUUCAAGUUGAUCACGUCCGUAGUGGUGUUCGGUCUGUUUCACGGACUGCUAUUUCUGCCAGUGAUACUGAGCUUCGCAGGACCCGGUGAGAGAAAGCAAGACAGUCCGCAAAAGAGCCAAGCUAUGCAAUAUCACAACGGUUAUUAUACCGUCCAUCUGUCUCAAAAUGGGAAAGAUAUAGAAGACGCACUUGCUAAAUGACAUUUAGCAAUGCUUCAAAAGGCUGCUUAGGUAAAAAUUGUAUUUUUGUAGAUAAUACAU